UGCAGCGCUACCUCCGGCAAGUCACCUAAUCUCUCCGGGCCUCCUUUCCCCAGCCAUGCAAAACAGGAGAGGUGAAUUUGAAAAAGUACAAUUUCCCUAAUAGCUAAAGCUCUUGGGGCGUCUGACCCCAGAUCCAGGCCUAUCCCAGGUCUUAGGCAACCGGGACAGACCGACACUGGCUUCACUGAAAAGGGACCCAAACUCGGCGGUCACAUGAUGCUGGGGACCCGCGAGCGAGGAGGAGGGUGGCGGUGUUGGGUGAGGCGUGCGUACGUCACGUGAAGGUUAGGAGGCGUAGAAAACUUCCUCUGCCCUUUUUUAACAGGGUCGUCGGGAGUCACGUGCCUCCCCCCUCCCCCUCCCGACUUUCUCGGCUGGGCCCUCUUUUGGUUCCGCCUUGUACCGAGCCCUUUUAGCUAGGGCACUGACGCCGGAAAUCCCGACAGCGAAGGCAGCCCCGGCGGUGUGCGGGGGACGUAGUCUCCAGAGGCAAGAGGGGCAGGCCGGAAGUGCCUCGGUCUCGGCGACUGGGCGGCAGAGCCGUUGACGGUGAACACACACACACACAUACACUCACAUACACAUACACACUCACGCAUCUACACACACACACACACACACACACACACACCGGAAGCCGCUGGUCAGAGACACAGGCGGAGGCGGCAGCUGCAGCGGAGACCGAGGCCGAGGCAGGCCGCGGUGCCCACCCUGUUCCCUAGUGCCAGUGUUCCUCCCACCGCUGGGCCGACCGGGCCGGUCACCAUGGAGCCCGGGGCGGCGGAGCUGUACGACCAGGCGCUGUUGGGCAUCCUGCAGCACGUGGGCAACGUCCAGGAUUUUCUGCGGGUGUUGUUCGGUUUCCUUUACCGCAAGACCGACUUCUACCGUUUGCUGCGCCACUCGGCGGAUCGCAUGGGCUUUCCCCCCGGGGCGGCCCAAGCCAUGGUGCUGCAGGUAUUCAAAAAUUUUGAGUACAUGGCUCGUCAAGAUGAUGAGAGGAGAAGAAAAGAACUUGAAGAGAAAAUGAGAAGAAAGGAAGAGGAGGAAGCUAAUGUGGCAGUGACUGCUGAAAAAGUCCCAGCCCCAGCCCAGGAGGUGGAGAUAGACUCAACCACAGAGUGUGGUGCUGCUGCAGGGGCUGCUGGGCAUCAGGAAAAGAAGAGGGCAAAGCCCCCUGUGCCUUCAGGGGCUGAGCAGGAGGCAGGUCACAGCUCUAGGGAUGCAGAACUUCCAGCAAUAGCUGUUGCUGAUGUUCCGGUUGAACCACCGGCCCUUCCCAAGAGACAGGAGCAGUUCCAGAAAAACCCUGACAGUUACAAUGGUGCUGUACGUGAGAACUACACCUGGUCUCAAGACUACAGUGACCUCGAGGUUAAGGUGCCAGUGCCCAAGCAUGUCCUGAAAGGGAAACAGGUGUCUGUGGAUCUCAGCAGUAGUUCUAUUCGUGUGGCAAUACUAGAAGGGAAUGGAGAACGUAUUCUCAUGGAAGGAAAAUUCACCCAUAAAAUCAACACUGAAAGUUCUUUAUGGAGCCUUGAGCCAGGGAAAUGUGUCUUGAUUAAUCUGAAUAAGGUUGGAGAGUAUUGGUGGAGUGCUAUCUUGGAAGGAGAAGAGCAAAUUGACAUUGACAAAAUAAACAAGGAACGUUCAAUGGCCACAGUGGAUGAAGAGGAACAUGCUGUACUGGAUAGAUUGACCUUUGACUACCACCAAAAACUACAGGGCAAACCCCAGAGCCAUGAGCUGAAAGUCCAUGAGAUGCUGAAGAAGGGAUGGGAUGCUGAAGGCUCCCCCUUCCGAGGCCAGAGAUUCGACCCAUCCAUGUUCAACAUCUCCCCAGGGGCUGUGCAGUUUUAAUGACCAGAAGGAAAGGAAAGUCACUCGAGUCAAGCACUUGGAAGUAGAGGAUAAGGCAGAGAGAGGCCGUUUUGUGUGGGCUCUUUCCCUCCUGCUUUUCCUCCAUGGCUCCCAUGCAUGCCUGGGACUCAUCUUGUCACCCCUGUAACCAUCUUUAUUUUCAGGGGGUGUUGGAUACCCCACCCUACCCCUCCAGAUCUUCCCCCCCUGUUUCAGGGAAGGAGAGGGGAAAGUAGAGGGAAGGGUAAUGCAUAGCAACUGCUGUGGCUGAUGCCAAGUUAGGGUAUUUGUUAUGCAUGAGGGAGAUGGCCUGGCAAAUGCAGGAUUACAUACUCCCGUCACCACGGUAACCAGCCACUGCAAGCUGCAUUUUCUUUCCUUCUGUGUUCUCUGCUUGCUGUUGUUUUGAUGCGAUUCUGCUCAGUUCUCUUUAGGGGAUAGGGAGGGGGGUGUGGGGGAAGGGAGUUGCUGUUGCUGGGUUUUUCCCUGCAGUUGUUGAAGUGAUUUGGAGUUGUGUGACUUAUGUGUGCUGAUGAGAAAUGGCUCUAUGAUGGCUGCUUCAGGCUGUACUGUUUCAGGAAGCCCCUUAGUUUGGCCUUUUGUUCAAACACUCCAUAUUCAUUCUUGCUCAUCAAAUUUGUUAAGUCCUAUUUUUUCCUGCCUUUGGGUGCCUCCCAGGCACUAGCAGUAGGAGGUUGAAGCUGCCCCCACAGUGGCAGAAACCUGCCUAGUUGGGAUUCUGGUAUCUUUAUUUGCUCCUCUCUUAAUGAACCAGGCCCAGAUACUGGUAGGAAGCUCAAAUUCUCCCAGCAAGGAUCUGCUGCAGGUAGAGAUUUCUGUCUCAGGAAAGAGUAUAGGAUAGGAGUCUCUAAUCAUGGCUUUCUCUGAGGCCAGGGAAAGUCAGACUAGCACCUAUUCAUCCCUGUGCUGGCCAUGUAUUCUGUCCCACUCUUAUAUAAAUAAAGGGACUUUUAACUGCCAUUCUUCUUACAUAUUUUACCCUCAAGUUUAUUUUCAGCCUCAAUGAUCCACAGUUUGUAUUUUGUUUACAUAUAUCUCCUGGGUGAAUAUAGAGUUCAAGUAGGAGGCAGGACAAUCUCUAGGAAAAGAAGAUUUCAACAUACAAUGAAUGACAGGUUUGCCCUCUGUUGAAGGGCCCAAACCAGUUGAAAUCCUCAUGAUUAAUGGGUAGCCUGCACAGGAUAUCUUUGAUGCCCCCAAGGGCAUCCAAUGGAACCAUUGUUGUCCCUGAAGAAUAAUUGUAGCAAGGGGUGGGGAGGGGAGGAUAAGAGUGCUGGCUUCUUUGUAAAGAACAGACAGAGUCAGAAAUGUCAGGAACUUGGUACUCUCAAAAUCAUGCUCUGUAGGAGCUGAAUACAGUUUAUAUCUUUGUUCCCAUUUGUUCCUACUAUGCAGCAGUGGUCAUUUAGGUUACUUAGGAGAAAGAACCUUAUUAGCAUCUAAAAACAACUGUUUUACUAAUCUGUGCUAUUGACCAGGAUGACUUCCACUAUAAAACGGCUACAGGUGAGUGUUCCUUCUUAAGUCUAGGAACAGAUACUCUUUACCUCUUUGCUUGUUCAAGGACACUUGUUUUUCAGUGUUCCUUAGAAACAGAACACGUUAUUGUUGGCUCAAAAGAUAAAAACAUAGCCCACUUUUUCCCAAUCCUAUUUGACCACCACUCAGAAAAUAAAGCCUUUUAGGUUCACAUAGCAUCAUAUAUUUGAUAACAAAUAAUCCAGGAAUGUAAAUGAAAUCAAAAUUUUUUUAUUUCCUUGAGAAAUGUUUCUUCACCCCAGAACCCCAUCCCAGUUUAUGGUCACUCAUAAUUGAUGCCUACAUAUUCUUAUUGUGACCUUUUUCUGAAAAAAUUAUAGACUGUUUUUAAUGGAACAAAUAGUUCCUCAUGCUCAUCUAUCUACUCCUAUGAGGAGUAGGUAGGAUCAGCAGCUUAGUGAUCUUAUUGAGGCUCCAUCAUAUCAGAGUCAAUCAGUGAUUUACAACUUAUUUCUGGCCACACCAUUUUCCCGGCAGUCCUUAGGGGAAAGCUACUCGACUUUCAUUCCUAAGGAACUUUCCACAGAACAUGUCAUGUUUUCUUCAUAAAAGAUCAAGGUUGUUCUCUUGAGUUGGAUAAUGAAUUUCUUCAGGAUCAGAGGUGUUAAGGUGUCCAGGUGAUUUUGGGGGCAGCAUCAACUUAUUCCAAACAGUUAAAGGCUCCUAAAAAGUCUAAUCUUUCCUUUUGGGGAAGUUAUGGCAGGUAACACCAUAUUGUCACUAAGGCUAUGGUUUUUAUGAAUUAGAAUAGAACCUUUCUCUACUAACACAUAGCAAAAAUCCAAUGCCUGUUAUAAGGGGUUUGUGCUUUGACACUUGCUUAAAAUACAAGGGUCUCCGCUCAUUUUUCUCUUGAGGUCACACAAAAGGGUGUGAGGCUAACACACCUUCAUCCCAAAGUAGCAUUUCCCAGACUGAAUGCUCUAUGUCUAAAAGACUCUUUUGUUUUAAAUUUUUCAAUGAAGUUUAUAUGUACCUCUUGAACCUGCAGUGGUGUUGGUUCCUCUCUUAUUGUUCUUAGUAUUUUUUUAAUUCACAGUUAUGCCACCUCCUUAAGCACUCAUGAUAUAGGAGCUUUACAGAAGGGCAUAGUUGGUUUGGUUAAAGCAGGGACAACAGAUAAUCUGUCCAUAAACUACUGGAAGAUUUUUAAAGUACUCACUUCUAUUGUAAAUGCUCUUCCCUCUACUCAGGGCAUCAUUUGGUAGUGCCCUAAUGUGGCUCAGGAUUUCUCUCUUCUAUUAGGAGGUGUCAAAUGAUAGAAGAACUACUAGUAUGCUCCUAUUAAAAAAAAAUGAAACCACUACACAAAAAUAGGAACUUUUAGGAGUGUUUAAUUGCAUUACAAGAGGACUUGCUAAAAAGAUUCCUUUUAGUAGUAAACUUCUCUGGUGUAUAUUAAGUGACUAGACUUGUAAAACUUGGACUUAGACCCAUUCUUCCAGGACAUACAUUAAUCACAUCUCUGUAUGUUUAUACCUUCAUCUCUUCCUCUGUAAUGAUUUGCUUUCUCUUAAAUAUCUUCCCCACCCUUUCUGUCCAUGUGCCAGUCCAGCCCUUUAGAGUCAGUGCACACUACCUGUUUUCUUUGUUUUAGAACCGACAACAGCAACUUGGCCACUAAGUUCCAUCAACAGUGAUUCAGAGGAAAGCAGGGCAACUCAUUUCCCUUCUCCAUGGGAGCCAAAGACUGUAGGGUGUGCUACAUCCUGAGGCCGCUCUCCUUCACAUACUCCACAUUUCUGUGUUGGUUUGCAAUAAAUCUGUAUUUAAGCA